AUGGGAAGGGAAAGACGCGGUGCAUCUUUUGACUGCGAAAUAUUGGUCGCAAAACUCUCAACACUUUUUAUCAAAUUGGGCACAACUAAUCGUAUAUACAUAGCUGUACUAUGUUGGUUCAUCGUCAUCUUUGGGUCGUGGAUGAACGAUUUCCACCGGCCACCCGAGUUUUACCUGUCGAAGAAAAGCAACAUACUUAAUGUAGUGUUCGCGAAAUGGAGUUUAGCAUGGACUUUCGGCCUUCUCGCACCUUUCAUGGCUUUGACCUACUGGAGAAGGAGUCGAAGCAACCUGAAAGUGGUUUGCAAGCACUUGCUCCGUCUUGUUGCUUCUUAUGUAGUUUGGUAUACUUUGAUCGCCAUCUUGGAAUUUGUUGAACACCAGAGUGGAAAAUGCGAGGGCAGUGAUUUAUACACUACUAAACAGGAAUGCCACAGAGAAGGCUUGUUAUGGAACGGUUUCGACAUCUCGGGACAUUCCUUUAUUUUGAUUUAUUGUACGCUUAUAAUCAGUGAAGAAAUUCAGGUUAUACGAUACUGGAGGAAGGACAAUCUGCGGCGCUCCAGUGGAGAUGAUGAAAGGGAGUCUGGCACUACUGAGAAGGUCACCUGUUGCAUUGCUCUUGUGUUGUAUAUCUCUUGUUGUCUUCUCAUGAUGCUUUGGAUUUUCCUUCUCGCCAUCACAAGCAUGUAUUUUCAUUCAACGAAUAGUAAGUUAUUAGGGACAAUUUUGGGCCUAGGUGCAUGGUAUGGAACUUAUAACAUUUUAUUCUUAUCUGUGAAAUUUCCCGGCGCUGCUGUUGGAUCUUAAUACAUAAGGAAUGGUAGAGUUACCGUACUCAUAGCUUUUAACAAUGUAGACGAUUUCUGAUUGUACUACCAUGACUUAGAAAUGUGAACAACAGAUUGUUUGCUUGUGUUGUUCUUGUCAUUUUUGUCAAUGCUUUCAAUGAUAACAAUCAAAAACAA